AAGCGCCCAGACGGGCGGGCUGAGGACAGGAAGCGCUCCCCACACCGCGGGGCUGGAGGGGACCCCGCGGGCCGCGCUACACCAGCAGCGAGGAACCCUCCAUUACCGCAGUUACUAGGCUGUGGUGAGGGACACCACAGGGGCGGCCAUUGCCACCUGACUGGGCCUCAGCGGCUCCGCUCCGCUCGCCUCACGAGUAGCAGGCGAUCGUUCCCCACAAAAUACAGCGCAGAGGGAGCGAGGGAUGGAGGCGGACAGAGCCCUCCCCGGGGCACGGAACAAGAAGAACGGACACGAACCGGACCCACAGCCGCGCUGCUCGCCUCAGGUAUAACUGCUGAGACUUUCUAAAAUGCCUUUAUGUUUCCGGAAUUUCGUCCCAUAUGUGUUACCUGGAGUGCUGGCACUUCUUGGGUGCUGGUGGAUUUAUUCCCGUAGAAAAAAGCAUGGAACCUAUCGAGAGGAGCAAGCAGUAGCUGCUGAAGAGCAGCAGGAAGAAGUGACAGAGCAGGAUAGGACAGCACCAGAAACAGAACCAUGUGUUCUGCAAAGACGGCUCUCCAUGCUGGAGGAGGAGCACACAGAGAACAAAACCUCGACCUGCCUGCUGACAGUAGGGUUGAGGGUGCCCUCUAAUUGUCACACUGAUGAGAGGCUGGAUCUCUCAGCACACUUGCCAGUAACAACAGAUGAGCCCAGCAGCCUUGAGAACGACAGUGAAAAACUAGAAGAAACGGAAUCUCAAGACACAAAAAGUGGCCCUGCUUGUGUCUCUCUCCCUUGGGAGUCUGCCUGGUUGGAGCAGCCAGGGGAAGAAGACGUGUCCGGGUCAGUUGCCAGUACUGUACCUGUGUGUCAGGGGGAAGAGGACACACAGCUGGAAGGAGAUGAAUUGAGAAGAGAGAAGGUUAGAGAAGUGAGUUUGUGCAAGGAAGACGUUGAGAAAAUCGCGCAAGUGACAAUACAGAUUGUUUCCAAGGUCAUUUUGGCAGCAACUGAGGAAGUGCUGUCAGGUGCUGCAAGUGAUGGGUCCACUCAGAUCUGCCAGGCUGCUGCCAGUCGAGUUCAGACACUUCUGGACAUGGCAGGUGUUUCCUCUGAUCAGAUGCUUGCAGAGGAAGCUCCAGUAGCCGGUGAGAAUGUUAAGAGCGAUGCUGUGGUACCAACAUCCCUGCAGGCCAAGGAACAGGGUCAGAAUGUGACACAUUCAAGCUGUUUAAUACGUGGCUCUUCAUCCGGCCCUGAAGAGGGAGACACAAAAGACUGUUGGAAGAAGAACCCUGUAUGCAGUGAGGGAGAGCUGCCUGCCCCUCCAGGUGAUGGGUCCACUCAGCUCUGCCAGGCUGGUGUUAGCCAAGCUGAGACACCUCUGGAGAUGGCAAGUGCUGUUUCCACUGAUCAGACACUUGCAGAGGAAGCUCCAGUAGCUGAUACGAACACUGCUGGAAUGAAUGAUGCUGUGGUACUGACAUCCCCACAGACAGAGGAACAGGAUCAGGAUGUUACGUGUUCAAGCUGUAUAACACAAAGCCCCACUGAGGGAGCCACAACAGACUGUCACAUGAAGACCCCUGUGUGCAGUAAGUCCCAAGGAGGUGGUCGGACUCCUGUGGAAAACCACAAAGGUUCUCCAGAAAAGCCUCCUUUGGUUAGGGAGGGCUCUGUGUGCAGCACAUCCACAUGUGAAGGUGGGGCAUGUGUGGAGGGCCCGCUGCAGAGCACAAUGCUAGCUGUUGCAUCGGGACAGCAUUCAGAGUUACUGAGUUUAUCUGCAACCCAAGAUGCAAGUGCUGGGCAGAGCUCUGGCCCAAGUGAAACUCAGCCUACUCUGAAGCUGUCUGAAGACAAUGAAGUGCCAUGCAGCAAUAAAGUACUGCGAGAGGAUGGUCCAGACCCAGCUAAUGAGUGUAACAAGGCACCAGGAAUAGAUGGAGACUGCCCACAAGGCUUGAAUGAACAUGGUACAGAUGUUGUGAACAGUGGCUGUGUCAUGAAGAAGGCAGUGACUCAGCAGAACACUAAGACAGGGGGAGAAACCAGCAAGUGUGACCACAUCAUCUGGGAAAUAGAAGUCCCAAAGGAAUUAGUUGGCCGCUUGAUUGGCAGACAAGGAAAAUUUAUGAGCUUCCUGAGGCAGAAAUCUGGUGCCAAAAUCUACGUCUCGACAAAGCCUUAUUUCCGUGACUCCCAGGUCUGUCACAUUGAAGGUUUCCCGCAUCAAGUAGAAAAAGUACUGAGCCUGAUUGGCAUGAACUUCAAGGAGCUGUGUCUUACCAACAUCCACGGUGUGCUUCCACCAGCACCACUGACAAUUAAUUCCGUCCUUAUGACUGCCUGGCUCUUCCUCCCAGAAGGAGUCAAUGUGGAAGUGGUCAUGGCACACCAAGUUGAUGCAGGGCACAUGUUCCUGCAGCAGCACACUCACCCCACUUUCCAUGUCCUGAGGAGCCUUGACCAGCAGAUGUGCAUCUGCUACUCUCAACCUGAAAUUCCAACCCUGCCAACUCCAGUAGAAGUUGGUAUUAUCUGUGCAGCUCCAGGCUUGGAUGGGGCAUGGCUACGGGCUCAAGUUAUCAGCUACUUUGAAGAGACCAGUGAAGUGGAACUCAGAUAUGUGGACUAUGGAGGAUAUGACAAAGUGAAGGUCGACACAGUCAGACAAAUCAGGUCUGACUUUUUAUCGCUGCCUUUCCAAGCAGCAGAAGUUUUACUGGACAAUGUGGUGCCUCUUGCAGAAGAGGAUUACUUCUCCCCUGAAGCUGAUGCAGCCGUUGGCGAGAUGACCAUAGGCGCAGUCCUUGUGGCGCAGGUCACAAAUUAUGACAGUGCAACAGGACUGCCAUUGAUACAGCUGUGGAACUUGAUGGGCGAUGAGGUGGUGUCCAUAAACAGAACUCUGGUGGAGAAAGGCCUUGCUCGGUCGCUUGACUACUAGCAAUGUCCUACCAUUUCCCUAGAAACACAUACCUCAUCUCGGUGAAAGGCGGGGUUUUUAAAAGCCAUAAUGACAAAUACUGUAGCUUUAAAGCAAAAAAUCGUCUCUGGCCCCUGUUCAAAAGCUGAAUGGGAAAAAACUUAAAACCUUACAGCUCAUUCGGAGGUAGCAAAUGCCCCUUAAGCUGUGGUCGUUCCACAUGUAUAAUACCCAUUAACUUAGUGUCUGCUUUUUCUUCCAAGUUACAUUGGUUGUCCUUUUCUAACAGGCUCUGCCUAUGAAAUUAAUGAAUGUGAUUAAGGAAUUUAAUGUUCAGUUAUGGAUUUCUUUAUAUUGUGCCACUAACCUGCGUAAACAAUAUUCAUCUUGUCUUCCUUAUGCGAGGAGGUAGAUGAAUUGCAUUCGUUGCACUUACUGUGGCACAUGUCUCACUGCAAUCACGGUUUUUACGCUUGAUACACUUAAGGAAGAAAGCUGCUCUGUGCAGAUGCUUGAAGGCAGGAUGUGUUACCACUACAAUUUUUGCUCUGAAAUUAUGUGUAUUUAAAGAAAAGAACUGAUUGUCAAGCCCAAUUGUAGUUUAUAUUUUUCUAGCUGUGCAAGUCUGUAAAUAUAUAUAAAAAUCCCCAGCACUGUAAUAUUUUGUACAAGAAAAACACUGGAAACAAAGGGAACUUUACAGAAACUUUUUCACACCAAAAUAUCCGCUGUAGGUAGAACCGGUUUGGAGUGCGUUAGGGUAGCCAACAUUGGAGCAUCAGAAUGUUGGGAGUGUUUCAGCUCUUCUGUAUACAGGAUUAGGAUUCCCUUAGGUUGCUGUCUGAUUGGAAUUGUCAUCACUGCAUUCUUUACUAUGUUGCUGUACAGUUCUGUUUAAAAAGAAAGUAAUAACUUGGCAUUAAAGCUGCAGUGAUUUUCUCCUCUCCUUUCAUUUUCCUUUUUUUCUCCUUUUGAGAUUUCUAUGACAUAUUUAAAAUUCUGUGCAAAUAAUUUAAGCUGACUUAAUACUCUUUAAACACAUUGCCUCUAAUGUAUAUCAUGUUAGGUAUGUAUUGAGUUGGGAUUUAUGGCUGGCAGAGAAGAUACUUGCUGGGAAGAGGUUGAUGUAGUCAGUCCUCAGAAGCUUUUUCAGGUGGAUUUAAGUAUGUCUUUGCAUCCUAUGAGCUAACAUGUCAGUGUUUGGAUAGCUCCCUACAAAAGCACUUGGUCCAGCCUUUCUGAUAUGGUAUGGUUGUAUCUCUUUUGAGUUCUCUCCUGAUCAGUGCUUAUGAUUUAACAUUCAUGUUUGCAGUAACAUCCAGUGAAAACUCAAUUUGGUAACGAAGUGAAAUCUAUAAAACAUUAUUUUGGAAUGUUUCUUUCCAUUUCAAUUAAAGCUCAAAUUUUAAGCUGUCCUAAUCAAA